AGGAAAACAAGGAGACGGACGCGAAGGAGAAGGAGCGUGCCUCGAUCAAAGCCGAUUUCGACAAGUUCGAGGCGACGCUGAAGAAGGACAAGGAGGAGACCGAGCUGCCGGCCGAAGAGAGCGACAAGAUCUCGGACAAGAUCGCCGCGCUGAGGAGAAAGUCAUGCUCGACAAAGACAUUGAGAAUAUGGACCAGAAGCUGUCUCUGGAUGAGUACAAAAAGGAGAUCAACGACAUCCUCGCCCAGUACCCCAAGAAAGAAAAGAGCGAAGAGCCCAAGGAGGACGACGAUGACGAUGACGAUCCGGAGCUGGCCGAGGACGAUCCUGACCUGGAGGACACGGUGUCCUUGGAGGACACACGCCUGCUCCGGCGUCGAAGGAGGGCGAGCUCUGAUCGGCGCGCGGGGGUCCUCCCGGGGCCGUGGCCGCGCCGCCCGCGUGCCGCCCUCCUCCCCCGCCCCCUGCUCUUGCUCCGCUGCGCUCUCCUCCCCCCCCCUGCCCUUCACGUUUUCCAUGGUCGUGAGCGUGGCGCCAUGGAGAGGGCUGAUUGCAGCAGUCUUCGGGCCAGUCUCACCUUCCAACUUUCAAUUAUGUAUUUUCCCCGUUUGGUCAGCCAUGUACAGCAGUAGGUGUAGCUCUGCCGCCACACAGACCGCGCUGAUUACGCACCUGGGCGACGAGGCCAGGGAAAUAAGGCGUGAACGGGGCAUGUGCCGCC